UUGUAGAUCUAGCAUUCUGAGUGAAUGUAAACAUUUAUUGUUUUGUUUGAACUGAUAAAUAUGGCAACGUUCUUACCUAAUUUUCCUUUUCCUCAAGAUCAAAAUGCUCAAUUGUCAGCUGCAGCUUCAGCUGCUGACAGAGCCCAACGAUCUGUAUUUGUUGGUAACAUUCCUUAUGAUGCUACUGAGGAGCAGCUGAGAGAAGUUUUUAUUCAGGCUGGACCAGUUGUCAGCUUUAGGCUUGUGUAUGACAGGGAAACUGGAAAACCCAAGGGUUAUGGUUUCUGUGAAUACCAAGAUGUGGAAACGGCACAGAGUGCCAUGCGAAAUCUGAAUAACUAUGAUUUCAAUGGGAGGCCGCUCCGUGUUGGCGUGGCAGCUGGAGAGCAGAACAAAGACGAGGGUAAAGCAAUGCAACAAGCUCUUGGAGGACAAAUUGUUGAGUCCCCCUAUGGUGAGCCAGUUGAGCCGGACAAAGCCCCUGAAGCCAUCUCCAAAGCAGUGGCCAGUCUUCCACCAGAACAAAUGUUUGAACUGAUGAAACAAAUGAAAUUGUGCAUUCAGAACAAUCCUAAUGAAGCCAGAAGUAUGUUGCUGCAAAAUCCACAGCUAGCUUAUGCUCUCUUACAAGCCCAAAUAGUUAUGAAAAUAGUUGAUCCACAAGUAGCAAUGUCAAUGCUGUAUCGUGAUGAAACCCAACCCCAGAUAAAUAUGAAUCAACCAAAGCAUGUCAAUGUUCCAAUGAUGGGACCAAGAGGACAGCAAGCAGUAAUGCAAGGUCAAAUGGGAGCCAUGACUCCAGGAGGAAUGCUAGGCAUGAAUGCUCCAGCCAUGGUAGCACCCCCAAGGCCAGACAUGACGAUGAUGAUGAUGAGACCAAAUGUCCCUCAAGGUGACAGAUUUCCACAAGCUAAUGCUAUGCCAGGUAUGUCUGGUAUUGCUAACAGAAUGCCCGGGCCAGUUCCUAGUUCAAGUAUGAUGCCCAACCAGAGACCCAUCAUGCAACAGUCUCCUAGUGUGGCUCCUGCUAGCAGUGCUGUGCAGUCAAAUGGUGCUGCUAUCAUAAGCUCACAAGACCAAGAAAAGGCGGCAUUGAUUAUGCAAGUGUUACAGCUAACUGAUGAGCAGAUUGCUCUUCUACCUCCAGAACAGAGACAGAGUAUACUCAUUCUUAAAGAGCAAAUCAAAAGUGGAUAGUGCUUUACACCAAAUAGAAUUAAAACUGAACUCCUAUAAUUUUAAUAUUCAUUGUCAUUGUUGUCAUUGCAUUUUUAAUGUUUGUUGUUAAAAGGAGAGCUUCCUUUUGAAUAAAAUAUUGGGGAAAAUUUCAA